UUGCGCAAACAGAUCGAGCACUGCCUCUUCUUUGCAUGCGACCAAAGAUGGCGGACUGAGCGGCUGUGGCUUCCGGAAGAUCUUUCUAAUUUACGAUCUAAUAGUUUUAUACAUGAACGAAGGUUCGUCUUUUCUAAAGCCCGAAAAAAAAAGUUGAGUUUGGAGCGAUGGUGUGUUAGCUGAAGUGAAGAUUGAAGAUUUGAGAGCACAUGGACGACUCCUGCUGUGCUAAGAUGGCGACGUCAUGUCAAAGAGAACAUUCUAGCAAAUCACCAACGGAGGAAAAGACCGAGACUGCAGAUAAAGACGUCCAUUCAGGAGAACUUCCGCCCCAGCCACUGGGUGAUGGCUCCACUUUGAAGCAAGAGCCUCCAUGGCCCCCCCUCAUCAAAGAGGAAGAAGAGGAGGAAGCUGAUCUCACCAAGUUGCCACUGACUGUUGUCUCUGUGAAGACUAAAGAUGAUGAAGAGAAACUACAACCAGACCACCUCUUAGCUCCAUUGUCAGAUAGUGAGGCUGAAGACGAGGUUGAAGUAACUUUGAGCAGCGAUACGGACUGUGAAGGUGAUGUGAGGACUCACACUGACAUCAAACACUCUGACAGUUCUAAAAAGAAGGGAGGUAAACAAUAUUUGAGCUGCUCAGUUUGUGCUAAAAGCUUCACACGAAAGACUCAUUUGAGUCAACAUAUGAGAACGCACACUGGAGAAAAACCGUUUAUGUGUUCUGUUUGUCCGAAAAGCUUUUCUCUAAAGACUCAUUUGACACAGCACGUGAGAACGCACACAGGAGAAAAACCGUUUCAUUGUUCAGUUUGCGGUAAAGGCUUUACUCAAACGGGCAGUUUGACUCAACACAUGCGAACGCACACCGGAGAAAAACCCUUUGUUUGUUCAGUUUGCGGCAAAGGGUUCUCCCAAAAAAGCGAUUUGAGAGGACACAUGCGAACACACACCGGGGAGAAGCCAUUCACUUGUCUGGUGUGUGGCAAAAAAUUUUCUCAAAAGAGCAACCGGACCGGACACAUGAGAACACACACGGGAGAGAAGCCCUUUCACUGUUUGGUUUGUGGUAAAACAUUUUCAAAUAAGGUCUGUUUGACAACACACACAAGAACACACACAGGAGAGAGACCAUUUACUUGUUCAGUUUGCAGUCAAAGUUUUUCUCAAAAGACCAACUUAGCAUCACACAUGAGAACACACAGACGAAGAACCGUAUAAUAGUUUUGUAUUUCAAUUUUUGUCCUGCCUGAAAUGGAUGUACAAAACAGGGAUGGGGUUUUCUCUCGCCUUUCUUUUGGAUUACAGAAGUGUUUGUGUUGUGACAAUGUUGUGUAGUAGUGUUGUACAUACAAAUAGACACAAGAUGUAAGUAUGAUUUUUCCACGGUAACCGUUUUUUAACAUAAUACUUUUUAUAUAUUUCUUGUGCGGGGAAAAAAUAAACUGUUGGAUUGUACCUGAGCUGCCUACCACUAAAGACUUGAAACUGGCAAAACACGGUCUUUCAAGCAGACCUGAAGGCAAAACAGCAGUGGAAACAGGAAGCACUCACACAAGGUGAAAAGAGGGUAGAAAGCAGAGUGCAUCAACAACAGUGACCCCUGCUGGCAUCAUUAAGCCACUGCAUACACAAUAAAUAUGAUUAGCCUUUGACACACUUAAAACAGAAAAGUAAUGUUUCCACAUUUUUUAUGGAAUAAAGAUGUACAUGUCAUUUUAUUUUUUUAAGUGAUUGGCAAAGUACGACUAAUUAACAAUUAACAAAAAAUCCGAUAUAUAUAUAUAUUUUUUUUUUAUAUUUGUUUACCCCUUGUGUGCUGUUCGGGUCUGUGGGAGUCCUUUUCAUU